GUCGUUAUUCCGGCCUAGACCGGGAGUUACUGAUGUGGACCGUACGGAAUCCCUAUCGUAGCAAUUUCUGCACACGCCUAGAAUCCUCAGGAAGUCUCUACUACAGAGAGUUCAGAUAUUAAGAUAGUUAUAGCAGCCUGAGAAUGCAGACUGAAGCUUUUACAAUUGUGACUCAGGCUCAGUUUGCACAACAGUACAGAGAGUAUUUGGAGGCAAAUGGAAUUUUGGACACAGCCUAUCGCCUCCAGAAGCAACCUGAUGGAGCAGUGGCAUUGCCUGUGCUUUACAAUAAACUAAGUCAGCUCCACCUUCUCAACUUGAGUAAUACUGUGGUUCCAGGCAGUACCUGUACUUUCACAAAAAUAAAGAAUCCAAUAUUAUCCAAGAAGUCUUCAGUAAAAUCCUGCCACAAACAAUUGCAGGAGAAGCUCUCUGAGUUGGUGAAGCAUCGUGGAGUGACAUGGAAUGAUCAACUGAGUCAGGACCUGCCUCGCGUGUGGAAGAGGCAUGGAGACAUGAUUAUUCUGAAUGAAAAAGCAUUCCAGGCAGAAAUCUGGAAAACCUUGGAGCCAGAACUGUGGCUGGUGGUUGCUAAUGUACUUGGAGCAAAACGCAUUGCCAAAGCUGGUAGAGUAUCUGCUGGUGGCUUUCGGACUCCAAAGGUGACUUUACUGCUGGGGAACGAUGCCUGGGUCCACCAUAUUGAUAAUGGCAUCAGGUACACAUUUGAUGUCACCAAAUGCAUGUUCUCCUCAGGAAACAUCACAGAGAAGCUUCGAGUCAGCUCUUUUGAUUGUACAGGAGAGGUGGUUGUGGACCUGUAUGCAGGUAUUGGUUAUUUUACAUUACCAUUUCUCAUACAUGCGGGUGCAGCAUUUGUCCAUGCCUGCGAGUGGAAUCCACAUGCAGUUGCUGCACUCUUAAAGAAUCUGGAAUUGAACAAAGUAUCACAUCGCUGUAAAAUCCACAGGGGUGACAACCGACAGCUCUCUCUACGCAACCUGGCAGAUCGAGUGAAUUUGGGACUUAUUCCACGUUCAGAAGAUGGAUGGCCUAUAGCAUGCCAAUUGUUAAGAGAGGAUAAGGGAGGGAUUUUCCAUAUUCACCAUAAUAUCAGCCUGUAUGCUGAGAACAGAGACGCACACUUCAACAGGCAGAAUUUUGAUAGCGGUUCUUCUAAAGCACAGCAGCAGAGUUUAACAGCAGAGCUUCGAAGCUUGAGUACUGAGGAAUCUGGGAGCGACUCUGAUCCUACAACUCCAGCAUUCACAUCAUCAUUUAAAACGUGUACUAAUAAAGACAGCAUAUGCAACUCAAGAUGGAAAGGACCAGGCAACCGGUCAGAAGUUGAAACAAACUGUGGGAUGCGUUGUGAAAAGAGGAUAUUUACUAAUCCGGAGUGGCAAGCUUGGGCAGAGACAGUGGCCUUAAGGAUUAAGUGUUUAUUAGAAACUCUCCAUCCAAAGCCAUGGUGGACAAAUAUCUUACAUAUUGAACAUGUGAAGUCUUAUGCGCCUCAUAUUGAUCAUGUUGUACUGGACUUGGAAUGUAGACCAUGCGAUGUGAAUUUAUGAACUGAAAAUAUUGAUCUUUUCCCUAAACUUUAUAAUCCAUAAAAGUUGAGAAUCUGAAAAUACCUGCAUUUAUCAAGGUUACAUAUGCCAUCUCUCUUUCGUUAACAGGUAUUAUCCUGUCUAUCUCUUAAUGGCCUUUUUGCACCCUAGCCUUCUGUUUGUAUUGGUGUGCCUAUAAAAUAAUUUUACAAAUAACAUCUUAUGAUCCACGACCAUUUAAUUUCAUUGUUUAUCCUUGCUUUUCUAAUUGUUUUUGUUGACUUCUGUCCUAAUCUCUCUGUAUUCUCUUUUAUCAUGCACUCUUCUACUGUCCUUAUAUUGAUUAUAAGCACUUUUCUUUACUAUCUAUCUAUUGUUUUCUUAUGAUUUUAUUCAUCCAUGGCAUCGCAUUCGUGUUUAGUUUGUUCUUUCUUUUUGAUAGAAUAUUUUUUCCUGUACUCUGAAAUGUAGAUGUUGUUUAGCACUGUCCUACAUUGCUAUUUGCCAAUAAUUGAUGCAUAAUAAUUCUGUGAAAGUGACCAGAGGUCUUUUCAUUUUCUAAGCAUUGAAGGCAAUGUAGCACCGUCCUCCAUUCUUCAUUUCCAUAGUUCCCUCUGUAACCUGUAAGCAGGUUAUUUUUACAAGAUCAUCAUACCCCUUCUCUGUCGGCAACGUUACCCCAUACCUCUGAAAAUCAUGUAUUUUAUUCCAGCAUCUGUUCUUUCUUAACCCUAUCCUUUCCACUUAUGUGCUUCAGACCUUGUUGCUGCUCUUCCUCAGCUUCAUUCACGAGUGAGGAAGGGAUUUAGAUGACAUCUGUAUCCACAGUACCACAGGUGCCGCAUACUCCCAGCCUUGUGCAGUCAAAGCUGGGACAACAAUUUGAGUUUGAGACAUGACCUGGUCAUGAAAUAAAACAUUGGCAAUGCCAAAGUUUCUGAAA